UCUGCCACUAAUUUCAAUGUAAUCCUGUCUAUCGCACAGUCGGCCGACAUGGCGACCAUGAAGAAGCUUCUCGCUGUAGAAACCAGCAUCUGAACUCAAUUUGGUUCCACAAGAAGCAGCUUGAACUGCGUCUGGAAGUGGAUAUAAAAUAUUUAGUCAAUUGGGAAAUAUACACGGGAAUUGUCCACAGUUUUAAGACGGGGCUGGAUGGUAGCAGGACAGAGCACCAUGGUGGAGCCCAAGCCCAGAGCAUCAGCAGCCCAGCGUCUCGAAGCCCAGGAGACUCGGGGUAUCAGCACCCUGGACCCUGGCCACAGGCCGCCCACCAUGCCCCGACGCCAUGUCACCAUCAAGGUCCGCAUGUUGGACGACACAGAGGAGGUCUUUGACAUCUCACAAAGAGCCUCAGGCAAGGUUUUGUUUGACCUGGUGUGUACCCACCUGAACCUCGUUGAGGGAGACUACUUCGGCCUAGAAUACCAAGACCACAAGAUGAUGGUUUGGUUAGACCUCCUAAAGCCUAUUGUCAAGCAACUGAGACGGCCCAAGCACGUAGUCCUGAGAUUUGUGGUGAAGUUCUUCCCCCCAGACCACGCCCAGCUACUGGAGGAAUUGACCAGGUACCUCUUUGCCCUGCAGAUCAAGCAUGACCUUGCCUGUGGACGUCUGACCUGCAACGACAGUAGCGCGGCCCUGCUGGUCUCCUAUAUUACCCAGUCUGAGAUUGGGGACUUUGAGGAGAGUCAGAGUCGGCAGCACCUCCUCAACAACAGCUACAUUCCUGACCAGAUGGCUCUGAUGGACAAGAUCAUGGAGUUUCACUCCAAUAAUGGGGGUCAGACGCCAGCAGAGUCUGACUACCAGCUGCUGGAGGUGGUACGCAGACUGGAGCUGUACGGGGUUAGACUACACCCUGCCAAGGACCGCGAGGGCAGCAAGCUGAGCCUGGCCGUGGCACACACUGGUGUCCUGGUCUUUCAGGGACACACCAAGAUCAAUGCCUUCAACUGGUCCAACGUGCGCAAAUUAAGCUUCAAGAGAAAGCGUUUUCUCAUCAAGCUCAGACCAGACCUGAACCAGAGCUCAUACCAGGACACUCUGGAGUUCCUGAUGGGUAGCCGAGACUGCUGUAAAGUCUUCUGGAAGAUCUGUGUGGAAUACCAUGCCUUCUUCCGCCUCUUUGAGGAGCCCAAAGCAAGGCCCAAGCCUGUCCUCUUCACCCGAGGCUCCUCCUUCAGAUUCAGCGGUCGGACACAGAAGCAGGUGAUUGAUUAUGUGAAGGACUCUGAGUUUAAGAAGAUCCCGUUUGAAAGGAAACACAGUAGGGUCCAGCACAGCAGAAGCCGUCCAUCUCCGCUGUCUUCCCCUCACGCCCCUCAAGUGCCAAAAGAAAGUGUGAGCAGUGCUCCAGGAGACAGAGCGGAGGUGGACUCUUCGUUCCACCGUCACUGGAAGGAGUCUGUGAACGCUGAGGACCCUUCAGCCCUGCGGAUCAGGGGCAGCCCUUCCAUCCAGAGGAACGUGGGACACGGCGAGGACAGGCCAGGUCCUGGGGCAGAACCAGGCCCAGCCAGGCAGACCCACCCAGACCAUCUGAACACAGGUCCAGCCUCCCAGGGCGCUAAGGGCAGCACCUCCUCCAUCCCCUACAUUGACUGCAGUGAUAUAGAUAGUGAAUAUGACAUGGCCAAGGGCCGGGUUACCAGGUCUCAUCCUACUGACAGCCAUGGGGAGGAGGCCGUGAGUCCCCACCAUGGCAGUAUAAAUGAGCGGGAACUGGCUCUGGGUAGGAUGAGGUACAGAGAGUCCCCUUCCUCCCCUAAACCCCCCCUCAAUAUGAGCUGUGAGUUAGAUGAGUCGGCCAACCUGUCGUUCUUCGGCAGUGGUCCGCCCCGCGGCCCUCUCAAUAGCACUAUGAUGGAGGAGUUGGGGGGUGGUGGAAUUGGGAACCAGCGUAGUAGUAGCCCCCUGACGGUCCGCCUGUUAGGCUCUAAGAGCACCACCUCCAGCCCCGUCACCUUCCACCGGACCGGCUCACUCAGCCACGGUGAGCAAAACGGUCACGGCUCCAGGCCCCCACGCUGGAACGACCAGGGUCACAGGGGGUUUAACACCCAGAGAGGCCAUGGGGGGCCCCAAGACCAAGGUCAGGCCCCAUCCCACUACGGCAGCUAUUCGCCCAUCAUGGCCCGCUCGCCACACUUACAAAAGCUCCACAACAUGCGUAACCGUUCCGACACAGACCCCUUCGUCCUGAGCCGGCAGCAGGCCACCUCCACACCCUCCCACGAGCCCCGGCCUGUCACCUCCCGUAUGGCUGCUCUGGAGCGCCGCGUAAAGGCCAAUGGCUUGUCUGCCCCCGGCAAACCCAAGCCCGGCCCCAUACAGAAGCUGUACAGCCAUGGUGGCGUAGACCACAUAGGGGCUGUUCAGAUGAUUGACGGCUCCACCAGCAGUGGCACAGAGUCCAGUGACUCAGAGACCGAGAACACCACGGGCAGCUCCAGCAGCCACCCGCUGACCUACGGUAACCCCAUGGCCGUGGGGUUCAACUACUCCUCCCCCAUGCCCAGGAACAAGUACUCCUUUGGGAGCCUCCAGCUGGAUGAGGAGAUGGAGGAGGAUGGCUGCCUUAACUUUAGUGACGAGGACGGGGCACAGGUCCCUCAUCUCUCCGCCUCCUCCGUUAACUCCCAGGGCAUUGUCAACGGUCAGAAACCGGUCGAACUCUGUGGUCACAGUCCGGAUGUUCGGCAGCCCCUCACCAGUCCCUUGCUCAACGACGCUGGCAGUGUGCGCACCGACGAUGAAGACGAGGUUCGGAGGAAGAGGUUCCCUACCGACAAGGCCUACUUUAUCGCCAAGGAGCUGCUGACCACAGAGAGGACCUAUCUGAAGGACCUGGAGGUGGUGACUGUGUCUUUUCAGGACUCGGUGGGUAGAGAUGGAGCCGUGCCAGACUCCCUGAAGAGCACCAUCUUCACCAACUUUGUCCCUCUGUACAGGUUUCAGUCCGUCUUCCUCAGAGAGGUGGAGCAGAGACUGGCUCUAUGGGAAGGGUGCUCCAAUGCCCACAUCAAAGGAGACUACCAGCGCAUCGGGGAUGUCAUGCUGAAGCACCUACAGGGACUGAAGCCACUGACAGCCCACCUCCAGAAGCACUCGGAGGCCCUGGUGGAGCUGGAGAAGGCGUGCCGGGGUUCCCCGCGGCUGGAGGUGCUGGUCCGGGACUUUGAGCUGCAGAAGGUGUGCUACAUCCCCCUCAACGUGUUCAUCCUCCGGCCCCUGCACCGCCUCAUGCAUUACAAGCAGAUCCUGGAGCGCCUCUGCAAACACUACCCGCCCGCACAUGUGGACUUCAGGGACUGCAGGGCUGCACUGGCAGACGUGUCAGAGGUGGUGUCCCAGCUCCAUGGAAGCAUGAUCAAGAUGGAGAACUUCCAGAAGCUGCUGGAGCUUAUGAAGGAUUUGAUUGGCAUCGACAAUCUAGUCACUCCAGGGCGGGAGUUCCUAAGGUUAGGCUGUCUCAGUAAGCUGUCUGGAAAAGGCCUCCAGCAACGAAUGUUUUUCCUGUUCAAUGAUGUCCUGUUGUAUACGAGUCGAGGGAUGACGGCAACGAACCAGUUCAAAGUGCACGGGCAGCUCCCUCUCUAUGGCAUGACAAUCCGGGAGAGCGAGGAUGAGUGGGGUGUGCCUCACGCAUUCACCCUGGUUGGGCAGAGCCAGUCAGUAGUGGUAGCAGCAAGUUCACUGUCAGAGAUGGAGAAGUGGAUGGAGGACAUUAAUAUGGCCAUUAUCCUGGCAGAGAGCAUCAACGGUCCUACGUCUGACCGGCUGGCCAGCAGUCUUACAGAUAACAAAUCCCUAACAGAGGACUCCUGUGCAGAGGCGGAGUCUGAGGACGACCUGAUGGCGUCGCGCACCUCCCUGGAGAGGCAGGCCCCUCACCGUGGUAACACCACGGUGCACGUGUGCUGGCACAGGAACACCAGCGUGUCCAUGGUGGACUUUAGCGUAGCCGUGGAGAAUCAGCUGUCAGGAAACCUGCUGAGGAAGUUCAAGAACAGCAACGGCUGGCAGAAACUCUGGGUGGUCUUCACCAACUUCAGCCUGUUCUUCUACAAAACCCACGAGGAUGACUACCCACUGGCCAGUCUCCCCCUGUUGGGCUACUCUGUCACCAUCCCCACUGAGUCUGAAAACAUCCACAAAGACUACGUCUUCAAACUGCAUUUCAAAUCCCACGUCUACUACUUCAGAUCUGAGAGCGAGUACAACUUUGACAGGUGGAUGGAGGUCAUUCGCAGCGCCACAGUCUCUGCCAGCCAUAACUGCAUUCUGAGCCGGAAAGAGUCCCAUCCGUACUGACCCAAAGAGCAGGGUUCUCUCCCUGUCUCCCCGUGCCUCUUCUCCUCACCACAACCUCCCAUAGGGUCUGGCCACAUACAGCCUCUCUUCACACUACGACUCCCUCAAGCAGCAAAGCUGGCACCACACUUGUCUGGAAUCUGUUGAUUUCCAUUUUCUCCAUGGAUCUGGGACACGUGUACAUUGAGCAGUGUCCAUGCACAAUCUUGGUGCUUAUUGAUGCGGUGACAUGUCCGCUGGUUUAGACUGCAAACAGAGACAGACAUUUUCAGCAUUUUUGUUAUACUCUGCUCUGAAUCUCUCUUUUUUUUCAUAGGACGUCAUUUUAUUCUGUUUUCUAACGGAGCACAUACUAUACUUCUGUUUUCAACGGAGUACAUACUAUACUUCUGUUUUCUAACCGAGCACAUACUAUACUUCUGUUUUCUAAUGGAGCACAUACUAUACUUCUGUUUUCAAUGGAGCACAUACUAUACUUCUGUUUUCUAACGGAGCACAUACUAUACUUCUGUUUUGUAACGGAGCACAUACUAUACUUCUGUUUUCUAACGGAGCACAUACUAUACUUCUGUUUUCUAACGGAGCACAUACUAUACUUCUGUUUUGUAACGGAGCACAUACUAUACUUCUGUUUUGUAACGGAGCACAUACUAUACUUCUGUUUUCAACGGAGCACAUACUAUACUUCUGUUUUGUAACGGAGCACAUACUAUACUUCUGUUUUCUAACGGAGCACAUACUAUACUUCUGUUUUGUAACGGAGCACAUACUAUACUUCUGUUUUGUAACGGAGCACAUACUAUACUUCUGUUUUCAACGGAGCACAUACUAUACUUCUGUUUUCUAACGGAGCACAUACUAUACUUCUGUUUUCUAACGGAGCACAUACUAUACUUCUGUUUUCUAACGGAGCACAUACUAUACUUCUGUUUUGUAACGGAGCACAUACUAUACUUCUGUUUUGUAACGGAGCACAUACUAUACUUCUGUUUUCAACGGAGCACAUACUAUACUUCUGUUUUGUAACGGAGCACAUACUAUACUUCUGUUUUCUAACGGAGCACAUACUAUACUUCUGUUUUGUAACGGAGCACAUACUAUACUUCUGUUUUGUAACGGAGCACAUACUAUACUUCUGUUUUCAACGGAGCACAUACUAUACUUCUGUUUUGUAACGGAGCACAUACUAUACUUCUGUUUUCAACGGAGCACAUACUAUACUUCUGUUUUCAACGGAGCACAUACUAUACUUCUGUUUUCAACGGAGCACAUAUUAUACUUCUGUUUUCUAACAGAGCACAUACUAUACUUCUGUUUUCUAACGGAGCACAUACUAUACUUCUGUUUUCUAAUGGAGCACAUACUAUACUUCUGUUUUCUAACGGAGCACAUACUAUACUUCUGUUUUCUAACCGAGCACAUACUAUACUUCUGUUUUCACAUUCUGUCAUUGGAUCGUUUUAUGGUGGAAACUGAUUCUUUGGUUGUUGUUGUUUUUAAACCUGUUUUUCAUUUAGGAUAUCACUGCAUCCUCAAGGUCUUUUGUCUCCUUAUUCAUUUAAUGGGGGGGAAAAUUAAACAAAAAAAGCUGCUUUGAAAUCCAACAGCUUGAGUGUCAAAACAGGUCUACCAUUGUCCUAGAUUUUACACUCCACUUAUAUUGCGUCAGUGGGGAGGAGACUUAAAAUGUGUCGUUAAACAGGCCACAUUAAAAUACUUUUUUUAUUAAAUAUAAAUAUAUAUAAAUAUAAGAUGUCUCUGGAGAAUGUGAGUAACCUUGUGAAAACAUGGAUGAUCAGUAAAGAUAUCCAAAUAUGUAGUUGUACUAUUGACAUAACUCUAAAACUACUUGUAAAACGAUCAGGUUAGUUACCAUCAUCACUAACGCCAUUAUUUGCCAAGCAUAGUGAAUAUUUUUCUUACAUGAGGAUCUUUGUCGUGUGGAUACCGCUGAAGGUUUUCUGAAUGAUAUUAUAUUCCACCCUUAAUAGUGUGAGACAUGAUCAUAAUCGGUGUAUUAUGAAGGACACUGUAAUGGAAAGCUUUAAAGAAUAUGCGUGAACCAAAAUAUCAACUUUCAGUUCCAAGCACCAUUGCCCUUGUUGAACUAGGCUGCCCAUAUGUAAGAGACACUUACGAAUUUAAAUGAAAUGGAUAUAUGCAUAUGACAGAUAGGGUUUAUGAAGUGUUGCAUUCGUGAGGGUAUUGAGGGUGUGCUGCCAGACAACAGAGAGAGCAAUAAAAAUAAAAAACGUUUAUUUGAA